AUGAUUUGCGCUUACUACGCGUUUCGAAGCCGCAAACUACCAGACAACUUCAACGAGUCGCGCUACAUCGCCUUCUGCGUGGAUACAACCCUGCUCAUUUGGUUAAGCUUCUUGCCAACUUAUUUUAUUACGUCGCGUGCCUAUCAUAAGGUGUUGGUCAUGUCGUCGGCUCUAAUUAUCAAUGCUACGGUUAACCUGAUCUGUCUGUUUCUCACCAAACUGUGCGCUCUCUACAAGUAUCGCAGCGAAUACCGGAAGAACCUGCUACAGGAACAGGAGCUCUUCCGGGUCAUUCGGUCAAUUGCAUCGGACAAUCUCGAUUUGCAUUCGGCUAACCAGAAACGGUUGGGUGCAUCAACUGGAGAGUCUGCUUCCGUCGGGGCGCCCUUAGCCCAGUCUCAGUCGUGCAACAACCUACAGCAGCAAAGCCUGGACGUUCCUCUGAACACAGUGUCGCUAUGUAAAAGUGAUUCGAAUCUGAAGGCAACGUGA